AUAAGAUUUGUUGUGUUGUGUAUAUUAGAUUUGCUGUGUUUGUGUAUAUUUUUGUUAGUGUGUGGAUGUUGCGUACGGGGAACGUCAUCCUCUUGAAGCGAGGGACAAGAUGCCUGAAUCUGAAUACAAUGAAUUGGAUCCCCAGAUAGUAACAACAUGUAAGAGAAAAGGGGCCUUGAAAGGGAGACGCAGUAGUAAUGGAAGGCAAAAGUAUGGAAAUGCAGAAGGUAUAGGUACAGGUACAUCUGCACCACCAAGAUCACCACCUAUGUUCAGUAGGCAACAGUCAGAGGGGGAGGGACCAAGAUCACCUAUAUCAUUGAGGAGUCGCCGACAGUCAGAUGGACGAAGAUCACCUAUAUCAUUGAGGAGUCGCCAACAGUCUGAGGUACGUGAUGAAUGUUCAUCACCAGUAGCACCCCCAGGAUUUGAGAAUGUAAUUGUAAAUGGGAAUUUGCAAUUGGGAGAGUCGAGUAGUAAUAAUACAUUGACAGGUUCCAGUGAAGCACAAUUGGAAGCACAAGUAGAGAUGGUGGUGGGUAAGUAUGGAACUGCACUAAUGGAGGCACCAGUUAUAGGUAUAACAGUAGUAGAGGGUUCGAAGUACAGUUGGAGGAAAGUGAAGGAGGUUGAAGAAUUAAGUGAAGGUGGAGAGAAUGAAACAGCAGGUAAUGAAAAUGUUAAUUCGAAUGGAGAAUCGCAAGUAGGAGAACGAAGCCGUAAACAUAGGAAGACAAAGACAUCGGUUGUUUUGAGUGAGGAGUACGAACAGACGUGGCGUCCUAAGGCAACCAACAAGGAUAAAUUAUUUGAGCUGAUGUCAAAAUGCAAGGGAGAUCCAAUUAUAAUUGAUGUUGAUGGGAACUUUGCGACAUUGAGUUGUUGCAGAUCAUUGUCUCAGGCCCGUGGUCGAUUAGAUGAUAAUUAUGUUCGAGUUGCAGCAUGUCUUUAUGUGAAAGUGUGGGGGCGGCGAUUUGGAACUAGAAGCAGGAGGUUGUGUUGGGAUCCAACAUUUGCGAUAAGAGUGCUGCAAGUAGAAGGAGAUAACUGGGAUAGUGUUGAUAGGAUAAUCCAGUCCUCCAUCAAGAACACACCAGUUGCGUCAUGUCUUAGGAUAAGUGUGACGGUCAUUGGUGGUGUGCCGCCUUCUCGGUAA